UCAAACUUCAAAGACUACUCGACUACUCUGGCAAACCCAUUGGGGGAAAACUUUGGUUGUUUGGGAAAAAACAGCCUGAGCUGUUUGGGAGCUUCUUGCGCUACAGCCAGAGAGGGCGAGAUAACUGCUGAGCAAUAAGUUGUCGGUCGGUUGGCCGGUUACUGGAUUUGGUAAUUUAUGGGUACUAUUCAUGGGCGUUGCUCGACCAUCGUCGCAAGAGUCGAAACGGCUGAAACGGAUCCUUUUUCCGAUUGAAGGACGUCAGUUGAAGCUGUUGACGAUAAUGAAGAUAAUAAAAACCCACCAAAACAAGCUGCUUAGACCACUGACCACCGAGGGUGCUCUACAAUGGAGACGAAGAUGUUGUCAUUGCCGUACGCUCACGUCGAUUACAGCUUAAGAGCUUUAUCUGGACAGGCAGAGGGUUUUGGACGAUUCGCCAUCGGUGGUCUUCACGGACCUCUUUAUCAUGUCACCACUUUAGCAGAUGAUGGUCCUGGAUCUUUACGUGAUGGAUGUCGCAGAAAAGAGCCACUCUGGGUUGUUUUUGAAGUUUCGGGCACAAUUCAACUUUUGUCUUACUUGAGUGUAUCAUCAUAUAAGACAAUUGAUGGCCGGGGUCAAAGGAUAAAAUUAACAGGCAAAGGUAUUAGGAUGAAGGAAUGCGAGCAUGUAAUUAUAUGCAAUCUGGAGUUUGUAGGUGGUAGAGGACCUGAUGCUGAUUGCAUUCAAAUAAAACCCAAAUCAAGACACAUAUGGAUAGACCGCUGCAGUUUGCGUGAUUAUGAUGAUGGGUUGAUUGAUAUCACACGUGAAAGCACGGAUAUUACCAUCUCUAGAUGUCACUUUUCACAGCAUGACAAGACCAUUCUUAUUGGAGCAGACCCCACUCAUACUGGUGACAGAUGUAUUCGAGUGACUAUUCACCAUUGCUUUUUUAAUGGGACCAGACAGCGGCACCCUCGUGUUAGAUUUGGAAAGGUUCAUCUAUACAACAAUUACACUAGGAACUGGGGUAUAUAUGCUGUUUGCGCCAGUGUAGAGUCACAGAUAUACUCUCAGUGCAAUAUAUACGAGGCAGGACAGAAGAAGGUCACUUUUAAAUAUCUGACAGAAAAGGCAGCAGACAGGGAAGAGGGCAGAUCGGGAUGCAUAACUUCUGAAGGCGACCUUUUCCUAAAUGGAGCUCAAGCAUGUUUGUUGACAGAGGCUUCCGAACAGGGCAUGUUCCAUCCAAGUGAACAUUACCCGAAAUGGACAAUGGAAGCUCCUUCAGAUUCUCUGAAAGAAGUUCUAGAACUAUGUACAGGAUGGCAGUCCAUCCCGAGGCCAUCAGUCAAAGAGUGAUUGCACAGGAGUCUCAAGUGAAAUAAGAGCUGCAAACAGAUCCGAUCAAAAGCCUUUUACUUUUUAGUAAAUAUACAACAUUCAAACCUCAAACUAAUUUUAUUAAUAGCGGCAAUAUAAAUCUCAGGUUUGUGUGUGUAUGUAUGUAUAAAAAGUAUAUUUUCAGUAUGGGCUUUGCAUCAAGGGGCUCUUGGGCACUGGCUGUGGGUGAUGACUGAUGACUCAGUUUGACAUUUGAGGGUUGUGGCAAUUGUAAGUUUAGGUGAUGAGUAGCGCAAAAGGCACUUCUGGCUUAAGUUUAGAGGCUGCCCAAGAAGGAUAAAGCAUAUACGUCACCCCUUACCUCUCAUAUUAUAAAAUGUAUUUGAUACAUUGAUCAAGGAUUUUGAUAUACUAAUUAAUGUUUAAGUACAAGGCUGAGUGAACC